UCUAAUUGCUGCCCCCCGGAUCUCGGCAGGAUCCCAAUCACUUGCUACGCCCAACUUGUAAAUCGUAUCGAUAAUGCCUACGCGUGGCUGAUGAGCAAUCUUUCUCCAGUGCCAACGAAGAAUUGGGUUUAUUGACGAAUGUUCACUGAUAUUGACCGUUGAUACGAUGGGCAGACAAGGCGAGCAUCGCCGAGGCGGCCAGCAAAAGUCACCUGAUUGGCCACACCAAUCAUCGGCCCCGCAAAAAAGUUGCGAUGAUUUGCGCAACCGAUUUGAGUCUUUCGGCUCUCCAUCAUCCGUCACUCCUACUGAUCUUGAAUUGCGCAUUCCAUAAGCUGCGCUGCGCACUCUAUCAAAUAAAAUUUGCUAAGAAAACCUACGUAUCGAAUCCUUCUCAUUCUCAUACCCGCAUCUCACCAUUCUGGCGUGCACACGCCCUUGCCGGACCUUGCGAUAUACCCACCACAACCAGAUAUUAGACCAUGUCUGAGCAACCUGAAAACCCGCUCCCGCCUCGCAAUGAAUUCAUACACAAGACGGCGCUCGCUGGAGCAAUCUUGACCCCUCUAGCCAUGCUGCUCCCUCCCAGAAAAGCCGACAUCCGACUAUUUGUGCUGGUGGGAACGUUUUCGCUCUGCACCAACCAGCUUGCGUACGAAUACACAGGACAGUCUGUAUACGGCCGGCUUGGAAGUAGAGUGGGAUCAAUAUUCGAUACGGGCUUGCCGGAAGGCGCAAAGAGGACCCAGCAACUGCUAAAGGAGCAAAAGGAGAGAGAGGCCGCGCAUAAGCAAAAGCAGGAAGAGAAUAAAAACUCCGUGCUCAAGGACAUCUGGAUGGGCGGCGAAAGCGAGGGCUGGAAAGAGAGGAGGGCGGAAGAGCAUAACCGGAGCUUUCAGGAGGGCAAGGGCAUGAGCGACAUCAUCUUUGAGCAGGUUGCCGAUGUGUUUAGUGGAAACUGGAGAGGCAAGGGAAAGGCGGACGAAGCUUCGUCAUCUGAUGACUCGCAGGGAGAAAAGAAGAAAUAGAUUCGGAAGAGGGGAAAGGUCUACGAUUAUGAUGAUGAUGUCGACGAUGCGAUAUAGCAUGUGUCUAUGAUUGCUUCGUGUGUAUUAUAUGUACGGGUUAUAUGUUUGUCUGGAUACGUUACAUGUAUGGAAUAUGGUCAAUGACGAGGGCUUGUUCCAAAAGAAAAAAAAAAAGAAAAAAAAAUACCUACAGAGCCGAGGAGCGUCAUGAAUUAUCUAAUCAUGGGCAAAUAAAGAGAAGCUUAGGGUUAAUUCAGCUCGGUAUAUGCUACUCUCUUGCGAACAAAGGAUCGCC